AUGUUACUUCAGGCCCUCAAGCUCGCCAGUCUGGUGGCCAUUGGUUUGCCUGCUGGUAGUGUGGGACGCAGCAUUCCCAAAAGAGCUGUUUCUUCGGCACAGUCAUGGGUUUCUUCCAAUGAUGGCACCUAUCAACUGACAAAGUACAAUGCUCCCUCCCAAGGAGACGGAAGUGGCUCUUCCAUUUCAUCGACCUGGAGCCUAGCUGUGGAUGAUACAUCGAGUGGACACAAACAGACUAUUGAUGGGUUUGGUGCUGCUGUCACAGAUGCCACAGUCACGGUCUUCUCAGAGCUCAGCUCAGGCCAACAGACGGCCCUAUUAAAUGACCUUUUCACUGACGCGACCGAUGACGGCGCCUCGUUCAACUUGCUGCGCCAUACCAUUGGAUCCUCCGACCUAUCUUCGAGUGUCUAUACAUACGAUGAUUCCAGCAGCCCCGAUACCUCGCUUAAGAACUUCGACCUUACAGCAAAUGGGACUGAUAUGGUUAAUUGGAUUUCAAGGUUUGCAUCAGCAAGCGGGUCGCUGAAGCUUUUGGGCUCCUGCUGGAGCCCUCCAGGCUGGAUGAAGUUAAACGGGGCAGUGUAUGGCAACACAACUGAUAACAAUCUCAACACCGACUACGCUUCGGAGUAUGCUCAAUACUUUGUCGACUAUAUCCAAGCCUUUGCAGACGGAGGGGUAACUGUGGAUGCUAUUACGAUCCAGAACGAGCCUCUGAACAGCCAGUCUGGAUAUCCCACAAUGUACUUGGAUGCCGACACAGCGACAAGUCUCAUCCAAAAUCAUGUUGGACCAGCGCUUUCUUCGGCGGGACUGAGCACGGAAAUCUGGGCCUAUGACCAUAAUACCGACAAGCCAUCCUAUCCUCAGACUGUGCUGGAUGGGGCCAGUGAUUACGUAUCGAAUGUAGCAUGGCAUUGCUAUGCGACGGGAAAUUCUUGGACUGUACUCUCCGAUUUCCAUGCCAACAAUUCCGACGUGACUCAGUACAUGACCGAAUGCUGGACAUCUCCGACUACUUCCUGGCAUAGCACUAUUGACUUUUUCAUGGGACCUCUUCAGAACUGGGCAUCCGGUGCCAUAGCCUGGACGUUGGGCACAGAUACAAAUUACGGUCCCCAUCUAUCAGGAGGCUGCUCAAGCUGCCGCGGCAUUGUGACCGUCGACACGAGCGCAGGCACAUACACCAAAACCGCAGAUUUCUAUUGGAUUGCCCAAUUCUCGCGUUUCAUCCCGCGCGGCUCGAUUGCUCUCAGCACCACGGGAAGCUAUGAUUAUGGCAACGGCGACAAAAUUGAGGGGCAGGCAUUCGUGCAGCCUGACGGUACUCGUGUGCUCGUCAUUGAGAACGGAUUCGACAAUGAUGUCGAGCUUACUGUCAACUUUACUAGUGGUGAGACUUGGAGUGGGCCUUUGUACUCGCAAAGCUUGACUACGUGGUUACUGCCUUCGUAG